ACACUUAUAAAAGUAGACGCGUCAACAAAAAUUACACAGUAGUUGUAAUUAUAACAGCGUGCACUGUAUUCGACGGUUCUCGAAAGGAUUCGCUAUGAAAGGAUUAUACACAUUGGCCGUUGUUGCCACGUUGGCAUUCCUGUCUGAAGGAAAAACUAUUCCAUCAGAAUAUGCAGGAGCGCGCAACGGCGUACUGUUUCCAGAACCAGCAAUGGCUGAGCCUCCAAGCCCUAUCAACACUGAAGUCACGGCAAAAGUCAAAUGCCCAGAUUCUGGUUUAGUGAGACUGCCCCACGAAAGUGAUUGUAAUAUGUAUUACGAAUGCGAUCAGGGACAGCUUACAGUUGCUGCUUGUGGGAUUGGUCUAGUCUUUAACCCUACUUUAGGCUUAUGUGAUUUGCCAAAGAAUUAUCAUUGCGAGAAGCUUAUGAUUCGUUAGAAUACGUAUUUUGAACGAAAUGUAUUCCUGAGACAAAGUACUUGUAUGUAUUGGAAAUGGUUGUGGUUGCGCCUUUUGCGACAACGACCAUUUUAGGCACAUUCAUAAUAUUUGGAGUGUUCACGCAAAUAUCUGUAACGUAAGCUUAAAUUUCUCAUUGUAAUGCUAACACCAUAUAUGUAGUUAUUACAGACAAUAAUUGAAACAAUAAUAAAAUAUCGAAAUGUUCCUCGUUC